GGCGAUGCGGGCUCCAAAGCUGGGAGCUCCGCGGGGCGAGGGGCGGGGCCCACGACCCCCUCCCCCCUCUCCACGGCCCGCCCCGACCCGAGGAGCCCCGGGAAGGGGUUGGCCGAGCCGGCGUGGCUGCCGCUCGGGUCGCAUCUGCCGGAGGAAGGGAGGACGCCCGGGGCUCCCGGGAGGCGGAGGGUCCAGUCCUCCCCGGGCGUCGGCUGCCGGGGCAGGCUGUGCGGGCUCAGCCAGUGCGGCGCGGCGCGCGUGGGUGUCCCUCUCCGCCGCGCACCGAUCAGCACCCGGCGGGGCCGCCCUCUCGUCGCCCGCGCGUCCUCCGGCGCCCCGGGAUCGCGGCGAGCGCAGCCGGGGUGGUGGCCGAGCCCGCGGCGUGGCGGUUCGGCAGCUGACAGGCGGCGUGCUGGCCUUUCCCUAGGGCAGCUGAUGCGCCGGCGAGAAGCUGUGACCCGAGUUGGAUGGCUUGUGUGUGCUUCCCCGCGGUCAAGCAGUUAUCUCCUUAGAAGGCAACAGUACUAUGCAUGUUAUGAAUUGUGUCUCCUUGGCCAGUGAUAAAGAAAAUGGGAAUCCUGCCACGGCAGCUGGAUUCAUGAUUGAGCAGACGCCCCCGCCAGCUCCUCCUCCUCCACCCCCUCCUCCUCCACCAUGUCCAUUUUCGGGGCAAGGGUUUCUUCCCUCCCCGCCGCCUCCCCCACCGCCUCCACUGCCUGGGGGGCCUCCUGCCCCGCCUCCCCCUCCAGGACUACCCCCAGCUCCUCACAUCAAUGGCUAUAGCCAAGUGGGUAAGAAAAAGCGGAUGAGAAGCUUUUUUUGGAAAACCAUUCCGGAGGAGCAAGUUCGUGGCAAAACCAACAUCUGGACAUUGGCGGCCAGCCAGCAGCAUCACUACCAGAUCGAUACCAAGACCAUCGAGGAGCUCUUCGGGCAGCAAGAAGACACGGCCAAGCCGACCCUCCCCAGACGAGGGGGCACUGUGACGUCAUCCUUCAGGGAGGCCCGCGAGGAGAUUACCCUCUUGGAUGCAAAGCGGAGCAUGAACAUUGGAAUAUUCCUUAAGCAAUUUAAGAAGUCUCCCCGGUCCAUCGUGCAAGACAUCCAUCAAGGAAAGAGCGAGCACUACGGCUCAGAGACGCUGCGAGAGUUCCUUAAGCUUCUGCCCGAGUCAGAGGAGGUGAAGAAGUUGAAAGCAUUUAGUGGGGAUGUGUCCAAGCUGUCCCUGGCAGACUCCUUCCUGUACCACUUAAUUCAGGUGCCAAACUAUUCACUUCGGAUUGAAGCCAUGGUGCUAAAGAAGGAGUUUCUGCCUUCUUGUUCUUCUCUGUACACGGAUGCAACGAUUUUAAAAGCUGCUAUGAAAGAGCUGAUGUCAUGUGAGGAGCUGCACUCGAUACUGCACCUGGUGCUCCAGGCCGGAAAUAUCAUGAACGCAGGAGGGUAUGCUGGCAAUGCGGUGGGAUUUAAACUGUCAUCUUUGCUCAAACUGGCAGACACAAAAUCAAACAAGCCUGGCAUGAGUCUCCUGCACUUCGUCGCUCAGGAAGCCCAAAAGAAAGAUGCGGUUCUUCUCCAGUUUUCAGCAAAACUGCAGCACGUUCAGGAGGCUGCUAGAUUAUCCCUGGACAGCACCGAGGCAGAGCUGCGCUCCCUGUUCGUCAGGACGCGGUCGCUCCAGGAAAACAUGCAGCGGGACGCGGAGCUGGGCCAGCAGAUGGAAGACUUCCUUCAGUUUGCCGUGGAAAAGCUGACAGAACUGGAGCACUGGAAACAAGAGCUGCAGGACGAGGCCCACACCCUCAUAGACUUCUUUUGCGAAGACAAAGAAACCAUGAAACUGGACGAAUGCUUGCAGAUAUUCAGAGACUUCUGCGUCAAGUUCAACAAAGCAGUUCAGGACAAUCACGACCGGGAGGUCCAGGAGCUGCGGAAGCAGCAGCGGCUGAAAGAUUUGGAACAGAAGCGACGGUCGUGGACGGCCGGAGACCUUGGGGGCUUCGGCCGCAGCAGCAGUGAGAAUGACGUGGAGCUGCUGACUCAGAAGGGCUCGGAGGACCUGCCCCCCUUCCUGCACCCCAGACCCAGCAGCCCCUCCUACCGGCCCCCCAGCAGCCGCCGGUCCCGCCACUCCCUGGGCCUGUCUGCCGAUCGGGAGCUGCUGACCUUCCUGGAGAGCUCCUCGGGCAGCUCCGAGGAAUCCAACAAGUUCAACAGCUUGCCCCGGAGCAGCCCCCGGCAGGCCCGGCCCACGCCGGCCUGGACGGAGCCAGGAGCGCCCAGGCGCCACGACUCCAACAUUGCACCCAGAGCCGAGGCCUCAGAGAGCCAGGAGAGAGCUCCCAACCCCUGCUCCGACGGGCAGAGCCAGCCUCCGGCUCCCCCGGGGCACCAGGAGCCUGCCUCGGCCUUCCCGCGGGCUCGGCGCAGCGGGGCCAGCGUCCUCAGGAAAAGGAACAGUGAACCUGUGUGCCUGGGCCCGGCCUGGUCCCCUCCACUCUCGCCCCUGGCCCUGGGCAUCAAGGAGCACGAGCUGGUGACCGGGCUGGCCCAGUUCAGCCUCCAGGGCCACAAGGGCCUGGAGGAGCCGUCCAGGCUGACCCCGAGUGACUCCAGCCCUGAGGGACAGGAGUCCCCAGGGGACAGGAGCCCUCCGCAGCCCCUCAGCUCCGAGGGCAGAAGGUCCCCCAGGGCGCCCAGCCCGGCCGUGGAAAAUGGCGGCGCUGCGCCUGAGGAGCCCAGCGGUGCAGCCCUGGUGUCUGCGGGGAGCAGCGACCCCGAGAAUAAAGACCCCGCGCCUAUAUUGUACAUCUCGGAUGCCACCGACUGCUCCCUGACCCUCGACUGCUCGGAGGGAACCGACUCCCGGCCGAGCAUGAUGCAGCCGGAGGAGGCAGGGGACGAGGGCGCCUCCGAGUCCUCGGGGGCUGGGACGACGCCUGGCAGCCAGAUCUCCUCCUCGAACCCCGCAUCCAGCCCCGCGGGGGAGGCACCUGCCGUGGCCGUGAAGAGUGAGCCCAGCGCCAACGGGGGCCUUCCCAGGGUCAGAUCUGCCAAAGGGAAGGAAGUGGCCACGCCGAAGAGAAACCCGCCGAGAGAGGCGGCUCCCAGCACCUGCAGGCCGGCGAGCGUGCGGCGGGGCCAGGGCGCCGCGCCCAAGCCCGUGCGCACCUUGAACGCUUCGGAGAGCGAGAGCAUGCGCAAGGUCGUGCCCAUCUCCAAGGCGAGCCGGGGCCCUGCGGGCUGGAAGCGGCCCGAGCCGCCGCCGUCGCGGGCGUCCCCGCGGGACUCGCCCGGCAGCGUGGACGCGCGGCUGUCUCGCCGCGGCUCGGCGCUCGGCACCUCGGACACGUCGCCGCGCAGGCCCUCCACGGGCGCUGAGGCGGUGGUGGCCGUGGAGGAGCCGAGGCCGCCGCGGAGCAGCACCCGGCCGUGGAGGGAGGCCCCGGUGCCCUCCAGGGGCUCCCUGAAGAAGCCCACCGCCAAACCCCUCAGGAACCUCCCCAGGCAGAAGCCCGAGGAAAAUAAGGUGUGCCGCUCGAGCUCCACCUCGGAGGGCGCCGACGACGAGCCCAGGAGCCCGCCGGCCCCCAGCGCCCCCCGCGCCCCAGCCCCCGUGCCCAGCUUUGCCCGCAACACCGUGGCCUCCUCCUCUCGGUGCAUGAGAACCGAUCCCCCGGCCGCGUCCAGAGCCCCCGGCCUCACUCGGGCGGUCUCGCAGCGGCAGCUCAGGGUGAAGGGGACCCCCGAGGAGGAGGCCUCCAAGGACAGCGGCACCCUGAGGCGGGCCGGCAGCGCCCGGAGCCCCCGGAAGGGUGCAGACUGUGCCGAGGCCCCCGGCGCCAGCAGGGAGACCCUUCCCAAGGGCAGAGCGCUGGGGGAAAGGGCCUCCUUCAGGCUGAGAGACGCCAGUCGGACCACACUGGGGAAAAUCCUCGACCCGCUGUGGAAGUGAGGAGUGCGGAGGGGUGAGGACCGGAAGAGGCCGACACAAUGUGCGUUUAUUCUGUGCAGGCGGCACCUGCGGGAUGGCGCCAUGGUGGCGCCCGGGUGACUGCGGGGAGGCCAGUGCGUAGCCCUGCCCCCCCAGACAAAGGUCCCAUGGAAGACGGACGGCUGCGUAAGAUGACAUUCUUACACGUAAUUCUUUUACUGGCCAGUUUUUAUAUAUCAAAGACUUAUUUUUUAAUAUUAUGCAAAUAAAGGGUUUUAGUUGA